UUCAUCUCUAAUCUUUUUUUCUUCAAGAACACGAUCUCUCUCAAAUGGAAGAAGAAGAAGAAAAAGGUCGAGCAAGACAACAAAUCUCUGUUUUGUCUUCAAAAAGAUCCCAAACGGCAAACGCAAACGUGGCAGUCACGGAUCCGUCGGAGGUGGCGUUUAACGUUUGUUGCUUAUGUGUGUAUUGUCCUCUAUGCGUUAUUUGGUGCUGCAUCAAACAGCCUUGUACGAUUGGAUGGAGAGCCGUUCUAAACGCCAAACGCAAAUUAAGCGGUUGCAGCGGCUGCGGUAGAAGCUUUAGCAGGAGGGUUUUGGCAGCUGAUUAUUCGUCGUUUUCUGAUAUUGAUUCUGAUGAUGUGAAUUGUAAAGCUCAUCAUCAUAAUUGUUCUAAACGUCGUAACCGCUGAUAUUACAGAACAUCUUCGAUCUCAUGCCUUUUUUUUUUCUCCGAUCUGCGGUUUGAAUUUGAUUGUCCUAAACGCAAAGAAGGUAAAACGCUGGAGUUGACUUCAUAAUGCUUGAGUUGUUGAAAAGAUCUAUAUAUCAUUAAGGGGUUUAAAGAUGUUUAACAUUAAACCAAAAAAAAAAAAAAAGAGUUUUAAAGAUGUUGUUGUGAUGGAUUAUAUAAAGAUGUAUAUAUUUUACUUGUUGAGGAAUAAAGUUUGUUUUUUUUUCUUUUUCUUUAAAUUGUCAUCAGUAAGGAAUAAAGUUGUGUGAUGUUGUGCCUU